GUCUCUUCCAACGACUACAAUAUGAGUACAGACCAACAAAUGUUUCUAGCGGUGGCUCCCAGAGCCAGCUCAUCCCAUCUCAACAGACCAGCACGCCAGCUCGUACCCGCCUUUCUCCAAAAGCUAUACGAGAUGGUAAAUGACCCUUCAGACCACGAUCUUAUCCGAUGGUCUGACACCGGUGACUCUUUCUUUGUCCUCGACCAAGAGCGCUUCGCUAGUGAAGUCCUAGGACGUUGGUUCAAACACAAGAACUUCUCCUCUUUUGUCCGCCAGCUCAACAUGUACGGCUUUCACAAAAUUCCUCAUCUCCAACAAGGCGUGCUCCGUUCCGAUACUGAUACUGAAUUCUGGAACUUCGAGCACCCCCAUUUCCUCCGUGGCCAACCGGACUUACUCUGCCUUAUCCAGCGCAAAAAGCAGGCCGCCGCAUCUACCUCCGACAUUGCUGCUGCUACGCGGGUGCAUCUGCGCCUGCGGGCGCCGUUGACCCCUGGCCAGUUGAUGGACAUGAAUUCAAUUGUGAAUGGUAUUCAAGCUAUAAAAAGACACCAAGCCGCCAUCUCCGCCGACCUCAAUGACCUCAAGUCCUCCAACCAACAUCUUUGGCAGGAAGCCAUUGCUGCCCGCGAGAGGCAUAAGAAACACCAGGACACCAUUAACCGUAUCCUUAAAUUCCUUGCAGGUGUGUUCGGUCCUGCAGACAACCCAAUACGCAAGGAUGAUAUGGGUGGUGGAGGAGCUGUCAGUGGCGGCGAGGGGAGUGAGAUGCUCGGGAGGAAACCACAGCGGUUGAUGAUUGGCGAUGGACGCAGUGGCGGAGGGAAUAAUGCAAAGAAGGCUGUGGAAGUUACUGAUAUCAUAGAGGACCAGCCGAGGACCAGCAUAGAUAGUGCGAAGUCGUCUGAUAUCGGUGCGUCCUUUCCUUGCAUGGGUUUCUCGAUACUGAUGCCCUUUCUCCGUGAUUUUACAGAUCUUUUCGCGUCUCUGGACACACCGUCUACUCUCCCAUCUGAAUACGGCCCUUCGUGCAACACAUCACCCCGAUUUACGUCCAUUGAACCCUCUCUCCAUGAUGCCCCAACUCCCACAGCUGACGCAAAUACCACUUCACGCCCCCACACCGCCCCUGUCAACAACACCACCAAGACCAACGCAUCCAAUUCAAAUCCAUCAAAUGUAAAUGUCGCUUCACCCACUUCGCCAAAUGCCCCCUUCCCUCGUCCAACCCCGAUCCACCACUCAGUCUCUGCGCCCGCCUUCACCUCCCUCACCACAACGUCCCCACCUCCUUCCCCGCAGAAUGACUCCCUCAUCCACGCCGCACUUUCCCAGGUGCUCUCGUCUCCUGUGCAGAUGCAAAAGCUGAUUGCGGCGCUUGGUGGAGGUGGGUUCUCGUUCCCAGGGGACGGGCACACGCAAGGAAUCCUACCGCAGUCCAUCAUGCAGCAGCCUUUCCCCGUCCAGCCCCAACCACAGCCCCAACCAGAGUUACCGCAACACACGAACGCAAACCCAGCGCAACUGAUGCCGUAUGACCCUGCUGCGUUUCAGACAGACUACUCUAGCUCGUACUCCCUCCUCCCACCUAGUGGUGGCGGCGACUUAGCACCCUUCGAGGCACACGAUGACCACCUGCAGAAGACCUACUCCUCAGCACAUGAGAUCAACACGGAUGUCGACUCGCUGGAGACAAACAUCCAUUCCCUCAUUCAGAGCCUCGGCUUUGACCCUACGACGUUCGACGCGACGGACGGCGCGCAUCAGUCCCUCGAUGAUCCCUACGGUGUAUCGGGUCAGGAUUCAUUCGACAUUGGGUCAUAUCUGAACGGGAUAGAUUUGGCGCCCAGCGCAGCUGGGCAUACAGGCCACGGUGAGGAAGACCCAGAUAUAGAAAGCUUGAGACUUGCGGACAAGCUGGACUCGUCAACGGCACGUGCAGCGGGCGUGGAGAAAAAAGUGCCGAGUGAGCAGGUGCAUGCGUUCCUCGACGGGGUUGCUUCGCAAGAUAGCGAUGUGGAUAUGACUACGUCUUUGAUGCAAACCACCCAAAGCGCGACCACACGGGGCCGCAAGCGUAAAUCGGAUGUUACGGACAUUGGGUUGUUCUCUGGUGCGACAGAGGCAGCAACAUCAUCAUCAUCAUUGGGGACGGGCAGUAGGAGUAAGAGGAAAAGAUGA